AUGAAAAGGUCCAAACUCAAACACCUUAAUACUUUUCUUCGUUUCAAAUUCAAAGCUUUUCCCUCUUUCUUCUCCUCAUCAACCACAUCACCCGCCAUUUCCAGACCAACAAACAAAAUCCCAUUUGACCACCCAAUCCCACAAACACUUUUUCAGUUGCUAAAGAAGGGUCCUUCACUCCCCAACCUUAAACAAAUCCAUGCAAAAGUCGUCACUUUUGCACUUUCUUCUCAUGCUUCUUUAACCACUUCUCUCAUUAACUGUUACCUCUGUAUUAAGGACCUUAACAAGGCAAGAAUUCUCUUUGAUCGUUAUCCUUCUUCUUUGCCUCCCACUUUGGUAUGGAACCUCAUGAUCAGGGCUUAUUCCAAGCUUCAAAACUCCCAAGAAUCUCUACAUCUUUUCACUCAAAUGUUGGCCAUGAAUGAGGGCCUUAAGGCUGUCCCUGACAAGUAUACUUUCACCUUCGUGAUCACCUCUUGUUCGCAUCAGAAUUCGAUGCAUUGCGGGGAAGUUGUUCAUGGGAUGGCGGUGAAAAAUGGGUUGGAGUUGGAUUUGUUUGUGGGCAAUUCGGUGAUCAACGUUUAUGCCUUUUUUGCGAGGUGGGAAGAUGCGCAGAAAGUGUUUGAUGGAAUGCCGGAGAGAGACGCUUUCACGUGGACUGGUCUUUUACGCGGGUAUACACGAGGUGGGGAGAUUGAUGAAGCUUUUCGGCUGUUUGAUGGAAGGCCGAUUCGUAAUAGCGUGUCGUGGGCUGUUAUGAUAUCGGGUUUUGUUGACUGCGAGAGGCAUGUUGAAGCUCUCGGAUGUUUUCAUGACAUGAUAUCUGAAGGCAAGGUGAAGCCUGAUGAAGUUAUUCUCGUUUCGGUUUUAUCUGCUUGUGCUCAUCUCGGGGCUUUACAUCAAGGGAAUUGGAUACAUGGAUAUAUAAAUGGUAAUCGAAUCAAAUUUAGUAGUAGUAUUAUAACUGCUCUAAUUGACAUGUAUGCAAAAUGCGGAAGAAUAGACCGCGCGAAACAAGUUUUUCACGCAGCUUCCAGAAGAGAUGUUUUCAAUUAUACAAGCAUGGUCAAUGGCUUAUCCCUUCACGGACUUGGUAAAGAGGCUCUGCAAGUUUUCUCUCAGAUGUUGGAGGAAAAUGUUAUCCCUAAUGACAUUACAAUUCUAGGACUACUAAAUGGAUGUAGCCAUUCGGGUUUGGUAAAUGAGGGUUCAUCAAUCUUCUUUGACAUGGAGAGCUCGUGGGGUAUCAUUCCCAAGAUCGAGCACUACGGAUGUUAUGUUGAUUUGCUUGGCCGUGCCGGGCUUUUGGAGAGGGCAUUUGAGGUUGUCACAAGUAUGCCAAUGCGCCCCGACAUUGUUAUAUGGAGGGCUUUGCUCAGCGCGUGUAGAAUCCAUCGCAACGCUAAAUUAGGAGAACAAAUUGCAAUCCACAUUGAGGAGUUGGACCUUAAUGGUCACAACGAAGGCAAGGUGCUUCUCUCGAAUUUAAACGCUUCUCUAGGAAAAUGGGAGAGGGUUGCGGAACUGAGGAACCUAAUGAGUAAGAGGAGGAAGAAGAAAAACCAAUCAAGCCGGGGGUAUAGUUGGAUUGAAGUGAAUGGAGUUGUUCACGAGUUUCGAGCUGCUGAUCAAUGGCAUCCUCGGAUUGCGGGGAUUCAAGAGAAGUUGCACGAAGUUCUGAAACGUGCUCGCCUAGGAGGCUAUGUUGCUAGUACAAGGCAAGUUUCGUUUGACUUAAGUGAGGAAGACAAAGAGCACGCAGUCGCUUAUCACAGCGAGAAGCUAGCUGUGGCUUUCGGACUGAUGAGUUCCGAGCCUGGGAGUUCCAUUAGGAUAGUGAAAAAUCUAAGGACAUGUGAUGAUUGUCAUUCAGCUUUAAAGGCCAUCUCUCUAGUUUACAAGAGGGAACUAAUUGUCAGAGAUCGUUCUCGUUUCCACACUUUCAAAGAAGGAAUAUGUUCAUGCAAUGAUUAUUGGUAG